UGGGGACACGGAAUCUAUGGCCAUCGGAGGGUCAAGCUGAGUUGGCAUAUUUCUGGAUAUAAAUUCAAUCAAUGAGAGGAACCUUUCAUUUCGCAUUGGAUACUAGCCACAAAACACCAUGUGGUCUCAUCUCAUCUUAUUGCUAAUCGUUGGCGUGGCCGUGGGUCGCAGCUACAGCGACCAUGAACAUGCCUGGGAUGCAGACAAUGUGUAUAAAUAUGUCAUAAAGAGUCAAACGAAGACGACCAUGCUCAACAAAAACCAACCGGCUUACGGUAUUGCGAUGAAAGGCGUUCUUGUCGUUCACGCGCAAACACCAGACAAAUUGCAAGCGACGGUUCCCAAGCUGCAAUAUGUUCGCGUGGACGAGCAAACAUCGCAAGACCACGAGACCGGAUACUCUCAGCAGCAGCAUGAGGAAUAUCACGAUGUUCCGAUAUCCGGAAAACCGUUCGAGAUUACGCUCAAGCACGGAGUGAUGCGAGAUGUAAAGGUCGACAAGAACGUACCUGUUUGGGAAGUGAAUCUGCUGAAGAGUAUUUUGAGUCAGCUGCAAGUUGAUACGCAGGGUGAAAAUAGGAUAAAGAGCAGGAGUGAUCAAAUACCCGACAACGAGCAACAACCAUUCGCUUCGUAUAAAGUCAUAGAAGACUCCGUCGGUGGCAAUUGCGAGGUUCAUUACUAUAUCACGCCUAUGUCCCAAGCUCUUCUCGACAACAGACCAGAAUUGGUACCUCUGCCGCAUCUCGAUGAAAACAAUAAUUUCAUCGAGAUUAAAAAAACGAAGGAUUACCAAAGAUGCAAGCAGCGACAGGGCUAUCAUUACAAUCAACCUAAUUGGCCAAUUACUUGGCAGCGUAAUCAAGAGCAUUAUUUUACUAGGAUGUCGCCAAAUGACAAACCUAUUUCGCACGUAUCUACAAAUCAUAUGGUCAUCUCGGGCAAUCUGAAACGUUUCACGGUCCAAUCAUCUGUGACGACGAGCAACAUAUUUGUCAAACUUGGCGAAAAAGAUUCUGCCAUAGGCUCUGUUGACAGCAAAGUAAAUUUAACUUUAGUCGAAAAGAACAAAAGCAAAUUCACGCAACAGGAACUAUCGGCGGAUCAACACGUAUCAACCGGAAAUCUAGUGUACAUGUACAACAAUCCGUUCUCUAAAUCCGCGGAGGUCCAACAACGUCUUCCGAGUAUCAGUCGAAAUUCCCAACAAGCUCAAUCAUCCGAGAGCCAAAGUUCCAGCGAGCAAGGUCGUCAGUCAGCAAGAUCAGCCUUGCUAAACGAUCAGCGAGACGACGGCAGCAGCAGCAGCAGCAGUUCCUACAGUAACGAGGAAAACGAUGACAGGACUUACCUGCAAUCUCCACCAAGCUUAGACGAGGCUCCGCACAAUCCAUUGUUGCCUUUCUUUAUCGGCUAUAAUGGCAAAAACAUCCAGACGUCCGAUCAGAUUGACGCGGUGCAAACAGCCGCAAACCUGGCUAUUCAAAUAACCGAGGGAAUGGAGAAUCCUAAUGCCCAAAAACCCGGCCAGACGCUAGAGAGGUUUACGAUCUUGCAGAAUCUUCUUCGUACUAUGAAUACUAAUCAGCUCGCCGAAGUAGAAAAUGCCGCAUUCAAACUAUCCAAGUUAAAGAAUAUUGCUAAAAAAGUCAAGAAUGUUCUUCAAAAAACUAUAAUUCAGAUCGGCACAGGACCUGCUCUUGAGUUCAUCAAACAAGUAAUUAAGAAUAAAUCGAUCAAGGGUUUCGACGCAGCAAUGUCCAUUUCAAGAAUUCCCAAAACCGUUCGCACACCUACGGAGGAAUAUAUCAGAGAGUUUCAUAAAUUGAUUUCUACGCCAGAAGUGACGAACCAAAACUUCCUAAACGUAUCCGCGCCUCUAGCACUCGCCGAAAUGAUCCGUAACGUCCAAUACGACAAAAGACACUAUCCAGUAGAAAGUUUUGGCAGUAUGAGGCCCCCGAAUAGUAUACUAGAGGAACUUAUUUCAUAUUUCGCCCAACAAUUACAAGAAGCCAUCCGUGAAAAUAACAGCCCGCGAAUACAGACGUACAUAUUAGCAUUGUGUUCUACCGGUCAUCCGAAGGCUAUUUCAGUUGCCGAGUCAUAUCUGGAAGGGAAUCAAGGGCUGACCAAAUUUCAACGUUUGAUGAUGGUCAACUCGUUAUCUCCGUUAGCCAGAGACUAUCCGAAAUUGGUUAGGCCCGUCGUCUUCAAACUCUACUCGGAUAUACAUGAACCUGAUGAUAUACGUGUUGCGGCAUUCUACACUCUUAUUAAGACCAAUCCACCUCUACCUCUUAUGAUGCAUGUAGCACGCCAAACUCAUUAUGAUAAAAACUAUCAGGUGAACUCUGCCGUUACGACCACCAUAAAUAGUCUCGCUAAGUUGAACCAAUGGCAGGCGCGAGAUAUGGCUGUCAAAGCACGCAUGGUCAGAAAUUUAUUGAAUAAUAGAAACCACUCUAAUUUCCGAAGAGUUGUAGGCGACUAUAAGAAGUCUGUAGGCCAUUACGCGGAUUCGAUUAAUGACAAUUUUGUUCGAAGAUAUUAUGUUGAAACAAUCGGUGGCAACCGCUACUUACCUAAGUAUGCACAUAUGAAAGUAGAUACGAAAAAUGAUAACUUUGGAUCUUCCACCUUGGAUGUAGAAUAUGCACUGUCAAGCAUUCAACAGCUUGCCAAGUAUUAUUUUAAAAAUGUAAUGGGGAACCAACAAGAAGGCCAGAGAGGAACACUCGUCGAAAAGAUCGCACGCGCGCUUAAUAUGAAGCCCUAUCAUGUAGAACAACUCGAAGGAUAUCUUUUGAGUGCCACUCCAUACGAAACGCAGUUAUAUCCCUUUGACGAGAACGUUCUUCAAAAUCUUCUUACAAAUUGGAAUAAUCAAGAGAACCAAUUGGACAUGAAUCUUCUAUACAAUCGCGAUAAAAUAAUCAGCUUCCCGACGGAAAGCGGUCUGCCUUUUACUUAUACAGUAAAGAAACCAAUUUUGAGUCAAGUUGAAGCAAGAAAUACAGAUGCAGAAAUUAAUAAGAACUCCAAAACUGUGAAAAGCGCGUUCAAUAUAUUAUUUGCCAGUAGAUCACAGAACAGAUUCGGUUUCGUGACACCUUUCGAGCAUCAGCAAUACAUCGCUGGUAUUGAUAGAGAUUUUCAUGUACAGCUACCAUUAGAAUUCAAGGGUGAACAACAACAUACUGAAGACCAGACCAACUUGGAGCUGAAAUUAAUCCCGCAAUCAAAUCAGCAGACUCAGAAAUUGUUGCACACGAGCACCGUUCCCUUCGUCAUGCGACACAACAUCCUGGAUCUUCAACCAUUAUCUCAGAACAAAAACAUGCAAAAAGUUAUGCUCGCUAACGCGCAGCAAGGAGCCUCGCAGGAAGGAGCCUCGCAGGAAGGAGUCUCGUACCAAGGAGCCUCGCACCAAGGAGUCUCGCAACAAAAAGGCUCGCAUCACAGCGCCUCGUUCGAAGCGGGUAUAUUCCGUGUCGUGACUGAAAGCGGAAUAGAAAGAAAUAAUAACAAUUUUAUAAGAUUGUUAGCAGCUCCGAGCGAAGAAGAAGAUGUCCAUUACAGGAAGAUCGACGUAUUUGUGGAUAGCAAUGCAGCAAACAUUGGAAUACGCUUGAACGUUGCGCACGUUCAAAGCAAUACCGAUAAUGCUGCAAAUCAGCAAUCUGGAUCACAGACAUCGGAAACAUUCACAGUAACUGACGGAAAACCAAACAGCAAAGAGAGAAGAGAGCAAUUCCUGACGGAACUCCACAAGAGUAAUCAACCUGCCAACAAUCACGUUUGGGACAUAGACGUCGAAUACCCAACAUUGCAAAAACAACACCACGCAGUUCUCACCUUCGGCGUGGGACACAACAAGGUGGACGAGAGAUAUCAUAUUCUUUUCUACUCGAAUGUCCAAUUGGCGCAGAAUGGAAAUGUCGAUUAUGAAGCUCUCGGUACUGGAACGGUGAAAUUUUCACAGAGAACUCCUCUAAAUUUCGUAAGAACAAUAAAUCGUGAACCACAAAACAAUUUCGAAUUUCUUGUACAAUACGGAAAGAAUCUUAAAAACGCAGAAAAAGUGCAUGUUCAUGCAAAUAUGGUGCAAAGUAACAAUCUGAAACAUAUGAUAAAAAAUUAUGAAAUAGUCAAGCAAUGUGAAAACGAGAUUACACAAGGCAAUAAAGGAUUGUACGCAUGUCAGAAGGCCACUCAGCUUGCUCACAUGCACGAUCAAAUGAAGCUCUCAAUGCGUGUCGAAUCUGAGCAGCGAGACAGAGUUAUAGAUGAAAUUCUCAAUGUUUUCGGUGACAUGUUUAAAGGAAUAGUGGACUCAAUACACCGAAGAAAUAGUGGAAAGGACACCGUCGAUAUGGAAGCAAGGACGUUACCCGAUCGCGACGAGGUGGAUGUCUCUGUAUCUGUUCCUGACAUGGAACUUACUCUUUCCUUAUUCGGUCUUUCCGAUACACAAUCGCAGUUGCAAUUGUCACCGGUAUUGCCACGGCAAUUAGCAUCGAAAUUGUCAUCGCAAAGGGUAUCGAGAUUACCGACAUGGCUACGGAAUUUAAUAAUGCAAUGGAUAUCACGAUCGUCAUCGGGAGCGCUACAAGAAUUACUAUCGAGAUUGUCAUCGUCAACGAAAUCGGUAUGGCAAAUAGUAUCGGAAUGGAUACAGCAAUUCUCAUCAGAAAUAGCGUCGGGAUUGCCAUCACAAUCACCGAAAUUCCUAUCGCUUCAGAAUAAAGUCGCAUAUGCAUUAGGAGAGAAAUACCAAGCCACAUGUGGUAUCGACAAAAACCAGAUCGUUACUUUCGAUGGUAAAUCCUAUCCCCUACAAGCAACGGAAGAUUGGCAAGUGGUCUUGAUCCCUAAUUUCCAAUAUGAGGCCGAACAAGAGAUCUCUUCGGCGUUCAUUCCAGAAUAUAUGAAAAUGGCUAUUUUGACUCGAGAAAGGGACGGCAGCAAACAGAUCCGUUUUGUCUUGAAUGAAAAGGAAGUUCAAGUGCAGAAAUUGAAUGAUGAUAUCCAAGUCUUAAUUGAUGAAUCGCAAGUUAAGCUAUAUAAAAAACAAGACAAGCCAGACAAGAACAUCCUUCAAAAACAACAGAACGGUGAAGUUUAUGUCCAAAUCUACGAACUACCGGACAAAUCGAUCAGGAUACAAUCUGCCAAAUAUGGAGUCAAUGCCGUAUAUGACGGAGAACGUAUUCAAAUUCAGGUAGAGGACAAAUAUCGCCAUGGCAUACACGGUCUUUGCGGCACCUACGAUUCUCAAUCCGACAACGAUUUCGCCAGCCCUGAAAACUGCAUCGCACAGAAACCCGAAGAUUUCAGUGCUAUGUAUACUUUGACGGAGAACGGCAAGCAAGAAUACACUGCGAAGAACAAAAAUAGACAGUACCAAUGUGUGCAGCAAUCGCAUUAUCAGAGGAACGUAAAGAACACGGAUAGAUCUUCGGUCUCCGAUAUAAAUAAUUGGGGAUAUCAUGAUAAUACUAAAGGCAAAAAAUAUGGAGCUGGCGUUCAGAAUAACCAAGAUAGAACUGCAUUGGUUUAUCACACAAUAGUCGAGGAGGAGGUUAAUCAGAUCUGUUUCUCUGUCAGACCUGUACCAUCAUGCGAUCAGCAUAGCCGGUCUACCGAAACAAAGUCGAAGACAUAUGGAUUAUACUGCGCGCCGAAGGACGAAGCUACAGAACAAUUGAAGAACAGAAUCAAGCAAGGAGCUAACCCGGACUUGUCCCAUAAACCUGUCUCCACUAAGAAGAUUUACGAAGUUCCUUUGGCUUGCCAAGCUGCAUGAUUAUACAAUACGUAGACCGAACAAGCAUACUUAAUCGAACGAAACGACUCUUUUUUGUCUUUUUUGUUGUUUUUUUUUAGGAAACUGCAAAUAUGUUCUUUUAGUAAUUAAAGAAAUGUGAGCAAUAAUAAAGUUGAAUUUUUUCAACGUAA